AUGACAAUGAGUAUUGGUUCUGCAGUGCUGGUGACAACAUCAAAUUUCAUCAAACACUUCGAAAUGAAAAUUGUUAACAUUGUUUGGUCGCAAUUUGUAUUGAUUUCCGUUGUAAUUAUAUUCUCAAUUUAUAGAGAAGACAUAUCUAAGAAACUAUUUAAGCAAGAUGCAAUAAUUGGCAACCAAACACAAUCAAAAGAUAGUAAAAUUUUGAAAUAUUGGGAUGUUUGUUUACACAAUUGGAACAAAAAUGGAAAUUUGAGAACAGUCAAACGCGUGUUCGAACGUUUGGGGUAUGAAGCUGCUGACGGUUCUAAAGGUGACGAUUGGGAUAUAUUAUGGAGCAUGGAGUAUCCCUACCAAGAUAAUUAUCCAGAAGUUUUUAACGCCAUGUUUCAACCUCUUAAGCCUCAUCAAAAAAUCAAUCAUUAUCCAGGCACAUCGUUCAUCACAAAUAAAGUUUAUUUAACUACACACAAUCGAGAUUUGGACUUCAUUCUGCCAUCUUUUGAAUUACCCAGAAUGGAAAAAGAUUUCCAAGAGUACAUCAAAUUAAAUCCUAAUAAAAGAUUAGUUACAAAACACAUGUACAAUCGUGGCGUGAAAAUUGUUAAUCAAACUGAUGUUCAAAACCAAAAGAAAUUUAAAUUUCUUCAAGAAUUUAUGGAAGAUCCACUUUUGAUUGAUGAUCAUUUCUUUGACAUUGGAGUUUACGUUCUCACUACUUCAGUGGAUCCUUUAAGAGUCUAUCGUUAUGACAGAGAUAUAAUAAUUCGAUUUUGUAAUCAACCUUAUUAUCCAUUUGAUCCUAAUAUUAUUGGUAAAUAUGUUGUUGAUGGUACUCACCUGCCUGAUGCCGAAUUGCCUUCAUUCAAACGCUUUUUGGACGAUUAUGGGUUUCCUUCAAAAGCAGCUUUCGAAGCUAUACUUAAGGAAAAGAAUUAUGAUGUUAAUCAAUUCUGGGAAAAUAUUGACGAUGCUAUUACAACUUUAAUGUUAAGAAAUGAAAAUCGAGUAAUAGCAGAGUUGAAACGAUAUAAUUUCACAUUUCAUCGGAAUAACUUCGAACUUGUUCGAUUUGAUUUUGUAUUGGAUAAAAAUUUUAAACUUUACCUUAUGGAAGUCAAUCAAAGUCCAAACUUGACUCCAACAUAUCAACUUUUUAAAGACAACUCUUUAAUUCGAGAACAACUUGUUUACGAAACUUUGGUUCUAGUGGGAGCUGGAAGUUAUUUUGACAUGAUGUCAUGUUAUGACAAACAUUCCGAGGAAAUGACUUCGAAUUCAAGAAAUAUUGCAGUGAAUAUUAAAACUUGCGAGAACAAUAAUUGCAGGUCCAACUUUGGUUUGAAGGAAUGUGAGUUGUGUUUGACAUAUUUAAGCGAAGAAAAUAUUUUAUAUAUGCAUCAAGCUUCGCGAGAACAUUAUCGACGAGGUGGUUUUACCAGACUUUUGCCAUCAAAACGAUACAAUGAAAAAUUCUUGAACAGCACUAAAAUAUCUGAAAAUAAUAAAAUUUCUUUUAAUUGGUUUAAAAUGAAAUGCAAAGAAGAUGUCAGUUGGUGUUGA